AUGUUUUCCAUAGAAGAAAAGCAAUGCGGCGGUGAACAAUCCGAUCACCAGCAGUUGGCCAUAACCAAUGAAUUGAGUGGCCUGAAUUUCAGAGGCGCAAUAUCGAGGCGCAAAUCAAAAAGGAACGGCUUUGGCUGGGUUCGUGCUGAAGUUUUGGGAGCUCUGGUGAACGGUGUUUUUCUACUGGCUAUGUGCUUUGCGAUAUCAUUGGAGUCUAUUGGACGACUUAUACAUUCCAGACGCAUAACUCAUCCUCUUCAGGUAUUGAUAGUGGGAUGUAUCGGUCUUUUCAUUAACAUGAUUGGCAUCGGCAUGUUUCAUGGGGGGCACGGGCACUCACAUGGUGGUGGAGGACAUGGACACAGUCAUGGAGAGAAGUCUUCAAAGAGCAAAGAUGAAAGUGCUUCGAUUGUAAAGAAGAGUGACGAAGAGGCGAAAGAUGUCGAUGAUGACGAAUUCGACUCAGAUUCUGAUCCAGCUUUUGUGACGAGACCGGGUCGUUCUCGCAGUCGUAUUGGUCAGGACUGCUCACACAAUCUAUCACUAAUUGUUGGAAGUGGAUCCAAACAACACCUUGCAUUGAAACUAGUUAAUCUUGAUGAAAACGCAGAGAUUGAAGAAUUCACCGAUAGUGAGGCGGCAAGGCGCAAACAAAAACUAGCCAACGCUCAAAAUUUGAAUAUGCGUGGUGUGUUCCUUCACAUUUUAUCAGAUGCAAUUGGAUCAGUUCUCACCUUGGUCAACGCUUAUAUGUUUCUCUGCAUAUUCCCUCGUAAGGGAGACGGCAAGCAUUAUACUUCGCAGAACGCCUGCUUUCUUAGACCUGGACGACAUCAAAGCCGACAUAAUGAAGCUGGUUUCAAAGAUCAUGUGCUUGGACUCUUGUGUGGGAACCGGCAGUUUGCUAUCACUGAGAUUGAGUUCUGUACACCGGCUUCCUUUGACACGGCCGCUCCCAAGAUUCGUAAGGUUUUUCACAAACAUGGAAUUCACUCCUUGACAAUACAGCCGAUCUUUUCUUCUAACACCUGUUCUAACAUCAGCCCGUUACCAACUCAUACACUCGAUGUUAUAAAGGAAGAUGUUAGUAAUAGCGCGGAUACACCUCUUCUUAACGAAAGUCAGCAAUGA